GGCGCCGGGGGCCUCUCCGCACCCUCCCCCUGGGCAGGAGCCCCCUCGAAGCGGCCUCGGCCCCCGACGCGGGGCCGCCCCUCGGCGCCCGCGUCCGCCCGCCCGCCCGGAAUGAUGAAGAAGAACAAUUCCACCAAGCGGGGGCCUCAGGAUGGAAAUCAUCAGUCUGCACCGCCUGAGAAGGUCGGCUGGGUCCGGAAAUUCUGCGGGAAAGGGAUUUUCAGGGAGAUUUGGAAAAACCGCUACGUGGUGCUGAAAGGGGACCAGCUCUACAUCUCCGAAAAAGAGGUAAAAGAUGAGAAAAAUGUUCAAGAGGUGUUUGACCUGAGUGACUAUGAGAAGUGUGAAGAGCUCCGGAAAUCCAAGAGCAGGAGCAAGAAGAAUCAUAGCAAGUUCACUCUUGCCCACUCCAAACAGCCUGGGAACACGGUACGCUCCGCCUGCCGCCUGGGCCGCCGGAACAUCGACCAGGCACCCAACUUGAUCUUCCUGGCAGUGAGUCCGGAAGAGAAGGAAUCAUGGAUCAACGCCCUCAACUCCGCCAUCACCCGCGCCAAGAACCGCAUCUUGGAUGAGGUCACCGUUGAGGAGGACAGCUAUCUCGCACACCCAACUCGAGACAGGGCAAAAAUCCAGCACUCCCGCCGCCCCCCAACUCGGGGACACCUAAUGGCUGUGGCUUCAACCUCUACCUCGGAUGGCAUGCUGACCUUGGACCUGAUCCAGGAGGAAGACCCUUCCCCUGAGGAACCAACCUCCUGUGCUGAGAGCUUUCGAGUCGACCUGGACAAGUCUGUGGCCCAGCUGGCAGGCAGCCGGCGGAGAGCAGACUCAGACCGCAUCCAGCCCUCCUCGGACCGGGCAAGCGGCCUUCCCCGACUUUGGGAAAAGCCAGACAGAGGGGCCACCUACACCCCCCAGGCACCCAAGAAGUUGAGCCCCGCAGAAAAAGGCCGCUGUGCCUCCCUGGAGGAGAUCCUGUCUCAGCGGGACACUGCCGCAGCCCGCACCCUCCAACUGCAGGCCCAGGACCCCCCGACCCCCAUCCCACCCCACCCGGGGCAGCUGUCCCGGAUCCAGGACCUGGUAGCAAGGAAACUGGAGAAGACUCAGGAGCUGCUGGCAGAGGUUCAGGGACUGGGAGACGGGAAGCGAAAGGCCAAGGACCCCCCUCGGUCUCCUCCCGAUUCUGAGUCAGAACAGCUGCUGCUGGAGACAGAGCGGCUGCUGGGAGAGGCGUCAUCAAAUUGGAGCCAGGCGAAGAGGGUGCUCCAGGAAGUCAGGGAGCUGAGGGACCUGUACAGACAGAUGGACCUGCAGACCCCCGACUCCCACCUCAGACAGCCCAGCCAGCAUAGCCAGUACCGGAAGAGCCUGAUGUAGAGGAAGGUGACAGAGUCUGGAACGUGUGGGGUGGACAGACUCUUAUCUCCAAGUGUUGCAGGAUACAGCUUUUUUAUUUACCUCAGUCAAAAAAGAAAACAAAAACACAAUCAAA